AUGAACAAGUCGUGUUGCAACACCCUCGAGUCAACUGCUCUUCGACAUCCUCCAUCAUCAUCAUCAUCAUGGUUAUCAAGCAUUCGGAAACGAUCAUUAUCACUCCUUGUAGUAACAGUUACGGCAUUAGUACAACCAUUCUAUCCAUCAUGUCAAUAUUCUAAUCAACGACGAAGAUUCUUUACAACCUCCGUUGUGAUUGGGUCUCCAAACCAUCAUCCAUCACCAUCAUCAUCGACUCGUUCCAAGAUGAUUGAAUCCUCUUCAUCCCCAGAAAAGCCACAUUCACAUGAUAGUCCUUUCAAAUCAUCAUCUCACCUUUUUAAGAAAUUAUUUCAAAUCUAUUCUCGCUUGUAUCAAUUUCUCAUCAAUUCUAUUCUCAAAUUUCAAGUGAAUUAUUCCAAAAUAUUCUUUGCAUCGUAUGAUCGAGAUUAUUCUCAACAUUUUAGUGAUUUAAAAAAUAAUUAUAAGAUUAAAAGUGGGAGUUCCUAUGAUUCAACUUUGUCUGGACGGUUUGCCCAAACUCGAAAAGACUCGGAUUUGGACAAUAUGGAAACUCUUGAUCCUCUUUUCGAAAAAGAUUUAUUUUUGUAUUUUGUAUUUAAAAAUCAUUUGUUAGUGAAAUAUUUACAAUUAUUAGAAACACAUGGAAAGCAACAACAACAAAAGAACAAAAUUGAUGAAACACAUCCACCUCUCUUACUGCAUGAAUUGUUUGCUUCUGAACAAUGUUAUCAUGAUUUUAUGAAACAUUUGAAAUUAGAUGAUGGUUCAUUUCAAGUUGAAAAUAUUCAAAAUAUUGAUAUUCUUAAUAUUCAAAAUAAUAUUGUAGACAAUGAUAAAAUUCAAGUAUUAAUGGAUGUUGAAAUGUAUAGCUAUUCAAAAGAUGGAACAUACUAUUACUCGGUAUUCUAUAUUGAAAAGAAUUAUCCAAUGAAUGAUAGCGAAAAACCAAAUCAUUCAAAAACCAAAGAUGAAUUAGAGGCUUUGAAGCAAUUCAUCUCAGGAUGGAAAUUCUCUCGAGUACCUCAAAUCAUGAAACUUGAAACAUCAUCGCCUCAGGAUUUGAAUUGA